GUAUUGUGUUAACAAGGUAAACUUAUUUAACUUUAUGCUAAUUAUUGACGUAUGUUAGCCAGCAUCUAAGAAGUGAAAUUUUCUCCGCACAUAAAGUACCGUGACUUCAAAUUAAAUGAAAGUUUUGUAACUAAUUAUUUUUCAAACUUAAUGUAUUGUCAUUAUGAUAAUUAUUCAUCGCAAAGGACGUACCUAACUAGAAAGAACAAGAGAUUAGUUCUUUCUCUGUAAAUUUUUUAGAAAGACUGUGACGUGAAAAAUAAUUUUGCCUCAAACUUAAAGCAUAUUGUUAUCAUGCGGAAUAAUUCAAUGCAAAUUAGUGCGAUGCGCGUAAAUAUACGACGAUUCGCCCUCAGAAUUAACAUAGCACUUUGAAUGUGUGUUGGUCGGGCGAGCACUCGGCCAGUCGACUCCCGCGGGACCGCACUCCCGACACUCACUCAUAUCCUCGACUAUCCUCACUAAUGCGUAAUACUUACUUAUUUUGAUAAAAUUUCGUUGCGUUUAAAGUGAUGUUUAUAAUUUCUGGUGAUAACAAAUAAGUACGUCAUAGGGUCAACUCACAAUCUUAUCAUUCGCUAUUUAAAUGUUUGUGCUUAAGAUUCUGUGAACUCAGUCAGCCCAGAGCUCGUGGUGGAACAAACGAUACGAAUGCUAUGUCAUAUUACUUCUUCAGUUCAGUGAAAACGAUCGACUUUCAACUGCGCAUUUAGAAUAAAUUAGUGAAAGUGGACAGACCUUGAUUUAUUAAAUAAAUUAAUAUAGUGUUGUGAAUUUACUAAACCUGUGAAGUCAAGAACUCAACAUGCCUCUGCGGCGCAGUACGGCGUUGGUGAAGUGGUUGUUCGAGAACCAGCACAAGUUCCAGAUCGGGCGCGCGUGCAGUUCGUCGCUGCGCUACAAGGAGCAGGAGGAGGCCGAGCCCGCCGCCGCGCCCGCCAAGCCGCGCCCCGACCUCACGCCAGACCUCUCCUUCAGGUUCGAAGAUUUACAAGUAAAACUGGCGGCGCCAUACCAGCUGCAACCCAAGCCCGAGGCGCAGGACCUGGGCUUCGGCAAGUUCUUCACGGACCACAUGCUGAAGGUGCACUAUCACCAGCACCUCGGCGGCUGGCAGAAGCCCGAGAUCAUCCCGCUCGAGAACCUCAGCAUACACCCCGCGGCCAAGGCGCUACAUUAUGCAAUACAACUAUUCGAAGGCAUGAAAGCGUACCGCGGCAUCGACGACAAGAUCCGGUUGUUCCGGCCAGACCUCAACAUGGAGCGUAUGAACCUGUCGGCGCAGCGCUCGGGCCUGCCGCAGUUCGACGGAGCUGAACUCAUCAAGUGUAUCGCGAGGCUGGUGCAGAUUGACCAAGAGUGGGUGCCGCAUUCAGAGUCUUCGACUAUGUAUAUCCGGCCCACGUUUAUCGGGAUGGAGCCCACCUUCGGCGUGAUGGCUCCCGACUCGGCCCUCCUCUUCGUGAUCCUGAGCCCCGUGAGCGUCUACUACAAGUCGGACGACGACAGCGGGGUGUCCAUGUACGCGGACCCCAGCGUGGUACGAGCCUUCCCCGGCGGCGCGGGGAAUAGGAAAGUGGGAUCGAACUACGGACCUACUAUAGAGGUGACAGCGAAGGCAGCUAAGCUGGGCUACCACCAGGUGUUGUGGCUGUUCGGUCCUGACCACGAGCUCACGGAAGUCGGAGCCAUGAACAUCUUCAUGGUCUACGUUAACGAACAAGGAGAGAAAACAUUGGCGACGCCACCCCUGAAUGGGCUUAUUCUGCCCGGAGUGACGCGGCGGUCAGUGCUGGAGCUCGCCAGCCAAUGGGAGGACAUCACCGUGGCUGAGGAAGUCAUCACAAUGGACCGGGUCAUACAGCUCAACAAAUCUGGACGAUUGCUGGAGAUGUUUGGCGCGGGCACGGCGGUGGGCAUCAGUCCCAUCGGCAAGAUCGGCUUCAUGGAGAAAGAGAUCCACAUCCCCACCACCAAGCAGCAGCAGCCGGUGUUCCAGAGGGUCAAGGACACGCUCUUGGCCAUCCAGUACGGCCAUGUCGAGCACCCCUUCGCCACCGUCAUCUCAUAGUAUCCACACCGCCUGGCCAGCCAGGACAAGUGAACUAUCUAGUGAUAUCUAGCUGCAAGUGACUGUCAAAGACUCCGUUGCAAAUGUAAAUAGUGUUGUGUUAUUUAUCUAGUUAGCUACGUUUAGAUUGUGUACAUAAAAUUGUUAGUCGUAAGAACCAGCGGUGCUUUGUGAAAAAAUACUCUUUCGGGUAAAAUGUUUUGCGCAUUUUAUCGCAAAUUCCCCGUUUUGUAAAAACAAUUGUGUCCUGUACAUACGGUUUAAUCACUGAAGGUUAUCGCUUUGUACAUAUUUUGUUAAUAAUUAUCUCAACUUGCGUGCCGAGUCGUAUGUUGUACGGAAUGAUAAUUUUAUAACAAUGCCAGAUACAUAUUGAAUAUGUUUAUGUAAUGUGUAAGUAUAUAUAAAAGUAAGCUAGUUUAUUUAUUUAAUAUUGCUAUAAGCCAUAACCUAAUAGAAAAUUCAUGCUGUAAAUGAGUUCUAAACGAAAAAUAUUUGUUAUCACCGCCUAUUUGAACAUUUUUGGUGGUAUGGUUUCUACUCUCUUACUUCGAUUUACGAAUUGAAAAUCCCAUUGAGCCAAUGUGUUUCAUUGAUGGUGGUAGGUAUUUAAUGGUACAAAAGGCAAUCCCAUAAAAGAAAGACGCUUACGCGUGAAUCGAUCGAUUCUGUUAACAUCCUUUCGGGCCAUUAUGUAAACCAUGUGUUCAGCUUAUAACAAUGAAAAACGCUAGUCCAACUCUAGUGUUUGCUACCGUCACAUUAAGGAAAUAAGAACUAUUAACAGUUAUACUUCAAGUAUAAUGCUCGUGUGAGCGUUAUGUAACAAUAGUGUCUCACCGCUUAAAAAGCGCUCAUGUAAAGAAACAAAAUCAAAAUGGUGGCUGUUACUUAACGUAGAAGUAUUAACGAAGAGAGGAAGAGGUAUUGGCAGACCUACGAAUAGGGCGAAAUAGCAUGUUUCCGUCUGCCAUUUAUCUGCAUAAUUGUUGUUUCUUUAUCUGAGCACUUUUUAUAAUUUCCUAACAAAAAAUAUAUUUAUACACAGACGGAUCAAAAUAGAUGGUUUAGCAACAUUCAUUUGAAUGUGUGAUAUUUUGUUGCAAUGUAAUAUAUGUUUCUAGUCUUGUAUCAAUGAGUCUGUUCAACAUUGAAUAUUUAUAAAUAUAGAAUACCUUUUACACACUC